AUAAAUACAUUCCUUGAUUAACAGAGCACAACAAAUGUCAGUUUAAACAGCGGCUCAGGUAGAUUUGGACAAGAUGGAUGUUGUAAUAUAUUUGUGUGUUUUCCUUACGGCGGUUCGACCAAUAUACUCGGUUCCCAGAAUUGUGGACCUGUCAUACCAACAAGACAGUAACACCAUCACCUGGCCUGGCAAUCCGCCGUAUAACUUUACCCAACUUUAUCGCGGAAUUUAUGCACCCUACAAUACCUGGCUAGAAAGCAAUCACUUCGCAAUGCCAGAGCACAUGGGCACUCAUGUAGACGCUCCGGCUCACCUUUUCCAGGGCUCCUGGAAGGCGCAUCAGAUCCCGAUUGAAAAAUUAUACGGACCUGGAGUUAUAAUAAAUGUUAAAGCCAAGGUCGAGAGCAAUCCGGAUUACAGAGUUUCUACGGACGAUCUUUCGAAAUACGAAGAAAAAUAUGGAGAGAUUCCUAGGCAUGCCGUAGUUAUAAUGAACUCGGGUUGGACUCAGAAAUACUCUAACUAUACUCUUGUCUACGGAACUGCGCAGCUUCAGGAUGACACUACAUACCAUUUUCCUAGCUGGCACGAGGAAGCUGUCAAGUGGCUGAUAAACAAGCGACAGGUCAACGCUAUUGGAGUGGACACGCCCUCUACGGAUUAUGGACAGUCCAGGACAUUACCCUGUCACGUGAUCAUGGGUAAAAAUAACGUGGUAGGGAUUGAGAAUGUUGCCAAUCUGGAUAACAUUCCAGAAAGCGGAAGUACUAUUUACGUUCCGGUUGUCAAGAUUUAUGACGGAAGUGGCGGACCUGCGCGUCUUUUCGGGACAUAUGAUGACGAUCCGGACAAAACGAACACAGCAUCCACAGCUACCGGCUCCAUGUUCUACACGGUCUUUCUCAUCCUUGCUAUUAUUAUUAAAUUCUAGAAUUUAAGCUUUUUAAUAUAUAUACUUACUUUUUUAAAUCAGAAUGUAAUCUUAUUAAUUAAGUUUUCUAUUUCCAAGAGGGGACACAGAAUAGAUUUUGUAUAUAAUGCAUUUUACAUCCAUGUGCAUGUUAGAUAAUGUUUAAUGGAGAUUACCAAUUUAUAUUCAUUUGGGGGUUGGGGUUAGGGUGGGGUUGGGGGUCAAGAUACACUUUUUUCUGAAUAUGUUGAACUGUUAACUUCAUAAACAACAAAAUAACAUUCACCAAGUAAGUUAAUUGAACAAAGAAUCAAUUUUCUAUGCCUUGUACGCCUUC